CACAGGUCAGCCGCUUCCCUCCCCUCGGCUAAUCUCUACGAACAUGCACAACGAUGUCUCGGCUCCUCAUGUUCGCUACACCCUCAUGGUCAUGCAAUGGGGGCAGUGUAUCGACCAUGACAUCAUCUUCACGCCCAUCAACAAAGGUCACGCUUGCCAAGAUGCUCUGCGAUAACUGUGAUAAUGUGGAGAGUGAGCAGCGGUCCGUCUUUGACCUUCCUGACCCCUUCCUGAACCCUCGUGUGUCCCGCCGUGACCUGCCGGGGAUCAACCCGGAGCUGUGGAAGGAGCGCGUGUCAUGUGGGAACAACUUUACGAGCUCCGCAAGACCAGCCUGGGACGUGUGAUCUGCGACAACAGCGACAAGCUCCAGCACGUCCAGCCCAAGGUCAUGCUGGAGGCUGAUUCCUUCCUGAACGCCCCAAUGGCCUGCCAGGGGAAGAAUAUCAAGGGUGUGGACCUGAAGAAGUGGAAGACCGCCAGCCCCAACUUCAUCAUUCACGACAAGAUGCUUCAGGAGAGCAUUGAGAGGGCCAGGCGCGACAUCACCAACAUGAGGGACUCCGAGUGGAACCUCUGGGAAGCACGUCUAUCAAAACCCCGAGCUACGUCAAUCACAGGUCAGCCGCUUCCCUCCCCUCGGCUAAUCUCUACGAACAUGCACAACGAUGUCUCGGCUCCUCAUGUUCGCUACACCCUCAUGGUCAUGCAAUGGGGGCAGCUUAUCGACCAUGACAUCAUCUUCACGCCCAUCAACAAAGGGCUAUCAAAACCCCGAGCUACGUCAAUCACAGGUCAGCCGCUUCCCUCCCCUCGGCUAAUCUCUACGAACAUGCACAACGAUGUCUCGGCUCCUCAUGUUCGCUACACCCUCAUGGUCAUGCAAUGGGGGCAGCUUAUCGACCAUGACAUCAUCUUCACGCCCAUCAACAAAGAACAACUUUACGAGCUCCGCAAGACCAGCCUGGGACGUGUGAUCUGCGACAACAGCGACAAGCUCCAGCACGUCCAGCCCAAGGUCAUGCUGGAGGCUGAUUCCUUCCUGAAUGCCCCAAUGGCCUGCCAGGGGAAGCAUAUCAAGGGUGUGGACCUGAAGAAGUGGAAGACCGCCAGCCCCAACUUCAUCAUUCCCGACAAGAUGCUUCAGGAGAGCAUUGAGAGGGCCAGGCGCGACAUCACCAACAUGAGGGACUCCGAGUGGAACCUCUGGGAAGCACGUCUAUCAAAACCCCGAGCUACGUCAAUCACAGGUCAGCCGCUUCCCUCCCCUCGGCUAAUCUCUACGAACAUGCACAACAAUGUCUCGGCUCCUCAUGUUCGCUACACCCUCAUGGUCAUGCAAUGGGGGCAGUGUAUCGACCAUGACAUCAUCUUCACGCCCAUCAACAAAGGUUACCGAGAGCAGAUGAACCAGGUCACUGCAUUUGUGGACGCCUCACACACCUAUGGCUCAGACAAGUGUGAACAGAGACAGCUGAGAAUGAUAACGGAUGGCAAGCUGCGUGGCACUCCUAACCCCUUGAGAGGCAAGCUGCUGCUGCCCACUGAGCAGGAGAAUCAUGAGUGCCAGGCACCAUCAGGAAGGUGUUUCAUAGGAGGGGACACUCCCUCUGAGCAGCCAGGUCUCACCGCGCUUCACACCCUCAUGAUGCGUGAGCACAACCGCGUUGCUGGGGAGCUCAAGCGCCUCAACAAGCACUGGAGCGACGAGCAGCUCUUCCAGAACGCUCGGCGGAUCGUGACGGCCAUCAACCAACAUGUGACGUACAAUGAGUGGCUGCCGAGAGUCCUGGGAUGGAACGCAGUCAACCUGUAUGGCCUUAACCUGCUGCCAGAGGGACACUAUGAAGGUUACGACGCAUAUUGCAACCCUACGGUCCUCAACGAGUGUGGAAUACCCUUUCGCUUCGGCCACUCCCUGCCGAAGCCUUCCCUGGAGCGGAUGGACGGAAUCUUCGCCAAGCAGGACCCUCCCGUCAAGCUGAGCGAGCACUUCUUCAACCCAGACCUGCUCUACCAACCGGGAAUGCUCCAUGAAAUUAUCCGAGGGCUCACGACUGUCUCCAUAGAAACGCUUGACUAGCUCUUGACGGAUGAGGUCACGAACCAUUUAUUCGAGGACAAGAAGAGGCCGUUCUCUGGGCUUGACCUUGCAUCACUGAAUAUCCAGAGAGGUCGCGAUCAUGGACUACAACCUUAUAAUGAGUACCGAGCGCUGUGUAACCUUACGCGAGCGAGAAGCUUUGAUGACCUACACCGGGAAAUCGCACGGCCGGUCAUUGAGCGUUUGAGGCGGACGUACGCACGCGUCGACAAUACUGACCUCUUCACUGGCGGCCUAAUGGAAACGCCACUCCACGGAGGACUCGUAGGACCCACCUUCGGCUGUAUCCUCGGCAUCCAGUUCGGAAACCUUCGGAAGUGUGGCCUCUGGUACGAAAAUUCUGACCCCUUGGUACGAUUCACCGACCCACAGCUGACGGAGAUAAGGAAGGUCACGCUUGCCAAGAUGCUCUGCGAUAACUGUGAUAAUGUGGAGAGUGAGCAGCGGUCCGUCUUUGACCUUCCUGACCCCUUCCUGAACCCUCGUGUGUCCCGCCGUGACCUGCCGGGGAUCAACCCGGAGCUGUGGAAGGAGCGCGUGUCAUGUGGGGUAGGCACAUAGCUGGGCGUUAUCGCGAUAAGUUAUCGCGAUACUUUAUCGCUGAUAACAAAAUCGGAUUAUCGACCAUCCGCUACUUAUUUAAAUAUAUAUCGGUAUCUUCGUUACUUUUGUAACCAAACUAGCGAUGAUCGCUACUUUUUUUCCGCCU